AAUAUUAAUUUAAACAUGAAGGUUAUCAUUGCCCUCGUUAUGACUGUUGCUCUUGUUGCAGCCAGCACCACUCUUGCCGAGACUGGAAGUUACAAAUUCACCAUUAACUUCUCCAAGAACUCAAGCAACAGCAGCAACUCUGAUGUCGCAUUGGGACUUACUGUUGGAUCCACAACUGCCCCAAUGACAGCUAGUCAGUAUGCUACAGGAGCUUGUGUCAAUGUAGCUACCAGCAACUAUCAACUCACCACUGCUAGCACCACCUUGAAGGGAUUCGGAAUUGAAUGGCAAUGUCACGCCACUUGUACAUCAUUGGCCGCCGUUUACAACUCAGUCAAUUUCUACGCUGGUGCUAGCUGGGGACAGACUACUGCUCACGUUGCCUCCUCUCAAUCUGCAUUAACCGCUGUCACAUCUCCAGCUGGAACCAACUCCAACAACUCAACUGCCAAGACCGUCUCCUACACCUUCAGUGGAUUGACUCCAACCCAACUUUCAAGCUCCGUCUACAUGCCAAACCAGACAGAGACCUGGUAUGUCAGAUGCUUCGCUAGAUUCGACAACGCUGCCUCCGCCUCUUUGGCUUCAGGAGUAUCCGACUUAGCCACCACUCUCGGAAACGGAAAGAACCUCUCCUUGAAGGGUAACGGAUACCAAGUUGCCACCAUCCUCGCUGUUGCAGGAUCCUUGGUCGCCUCCCUUGCUUAAUUAUGCCUAAGUUGAUACCUAAAACUUC